UCUUCGGACGUAGGAUUAAUCCUCUCCGGUUUGAAUCCCAGUCAGGGGGCGUUUUCGGUCCAUUUUUCCUGGACUGAAUUUUUCCCCUCCUCAGCAUCAGUAGCACAGAGACAGCCUCCGAUGACUGUACAGCGGACCUGGCUGUAGUUUUCGUUUUUGAAAAAAGAGAGACAGAAAGAGAAGAGGUACGUACAAGGACAACGAUUGCGAACAAAAUACAUGACGUCCUUUGGGACUUUUUGAGUGGGAAGAUCGGUCCUCAGUUGAUUCUGAUAACGGCAACAAACCAGCAGCUAAAUCAUGUCAGCCAGAGGUGGGAAGAAGAAGACCACUAAGUUGUCGCGCUCGGCGCGUGCGGGUGUCAUAUUCCCGGUGGGCCGCAUGAUGCGCUACCUGCGCACCAGCACGCACAAGUACCGCAUCGGCAUGGGCGCACCUGUGUACAUGGCCGCCGUCAUCGAGUACCUGGCAGCUGAGAUCCUGGAGUUAGCAGGCAAUGCAGCACGGGACAACAAGAAGGGACGCAUCACUCCCCGUCACAUCAAGCUAGCCGUAGCCAACGACGAGGAGCUCAACCAGCUCCUGCGUGCAGUGACCAUCUCCAAUGGCGGCGUGCUCCCCCGCAUCCACCCGGAGCUGCUGUCCAAGAAGAGGGGGGGCCGCGUGAAGGUGGAGGCCGUCAUCGUGGCCGAGAAGACCAGCCGGGGCAAGGGCAUGAAGAGGCCCCCCGGCAAGAGGAACAAGGGCAAGCCUGGACGCAAGCCCAAGGUUGCAGAAAACGACAAAGAGCCGAGCAGCAGCUCCCCCACAGAUGACGGCCUGGGCGACGGAUUCACCAUCCUCUCCGCUAAGAGCCUCUUCCUCGGACAGAAGGUGUCCCUGACAGAGAGUGAAAUGGGAAAAAUUGGCGCCAUCAAAGUGGAGGGCAUCAUCAACCCCACCAAUGCCGAAAUUGAUCUGAAAGAUGGCUUUGGUACAGCACUGGAGAAGGCUGGCGGAAGGGAAUUUCUCGAGGCUGUCAAGGAGUUGAGGAAAUCACAGGGCCCCCUGGAGGUUGGCACAGUGGCGGUGAGCCAGGCGACGGGCAUGGCGGCCCGCUUCGUGAUCCACUGUAACGUGCCUCCGUGGGGCUCGGAGAAGUGCGAGGACCAGCUGGAGAAGACGGUCAAGAACUGCCUCUCCGCAGCCGAGGAGAAGAAACUCAAGUCCGUCGCCUUCCCUCCACUUCCAGCGGGCAGAAACGGCUUCCCGAAGCAGACGGCCGCCCAGCUCAUCUUGAAGGCUAUCUCCAGUCACUUCGUCUCCAGCACGGCCACCUCCACACUGAAAAACAUAUACUUUGUGCUGUUUGACAGCGAGACCAUCGGUAUCUACCUGCAGGAGAUGGCCAAGCUUGACGCCAAGUGAGAAAAAAAGAAAAGGCCCGCUACAGCAGCGCUUAAUUCCUGCUUCUCUUUUAUUUUCUCCUCUUUUUAAUUUGUUGGUUUUUUUGUUUGUUUUGUUCUGAUUUCUAAGCCGUGUGGCAGUUUUUACGGAGGCUUUGGCUAGAGGUCUCUGCAGCUGGCAUUGUGUUUGAUUGAUGUGGUUUUUAAAAGUGGUUUUUAAAAGAGGGAUAAAAAAAGAACCUUUUUUGACAAUGUGUUUUGAAUAAGGAUAUUUGUGAGUGUUGUACUGUUUGCCUUUAUGUUACACUGUUUCCUCUCUUGUCAAAUGAUGCUCAUAUGUGUA